AUGGAUAUUGGAAUUGGAGCUUUUAAGUUUUAAAAUAUAGUAAACAAUGAAAUGAAAAUAACUAAAGAUCCAGAACAUAAAACUAGGAUAAGAUCUCAAUCUCGAAAAUCUAUUUAGGAAAAAUGCAAGUUUUAAUUCUAAAACUAAAAGAAAAAGUUUGUACAUAAAUAAUAAGAAAACGAUGAGAAAGAAAAGUUCUAAACAGAAUUUUAUGAAGAAGAUAGUUCUCCCAGUUUAUUAGAAGAUUUCUAAUUGUUAGAACAUAGAAAAAAAAAAUAAAAUGAGUUUAUUCUUUAGGUUUCCGAUCCUAGUAGUUCAGAAAGUUUUGAUUCUGAAUUAGGUUUUGAUCAACCAUCUGAAAAACUGGAAAAUCAUUCAAAUUUUUAUGAAGAAGAAAAUAUGUAAGCAAGCUAAAAUCUCAAAAAUUUAACCUUAACCAAUCAUUUAAGCUUAUUAUCGUAAAAUACUUUAUAAUUAGUCAGUAGUAAUAAAUCAUAAAAACAAUCAGCCAUUACAAAAAAAUAAAAAAUUUUAAAAGCAUUUAGACCAGCUUUAAUUAGAAAAGAUAUUUAACUCUUACGAGGGUUAAAAUAAAACUAAGACUUUAUAAAUAACUAAUUAGCUACCUUAGAAGAAUAUAAAAUUGAUAGAGAAAUAGUUGUUGAUAUGGAUUGUUAAGAUAUUCAAACUUUUAUGAGGUUGUAAAAUGAAGUAGAAGAAAUGAGAAGAAAAUAAAUGGAUUUUAAUUAAUAAAAGGAAAGACAUUAUGAAAUAGUGAAAAAUAGACCAAAUAAACAAUAAACUAAAUCAACCAUAAAAUCAGAUGAAAAUAAGUUAUGGACUGUUAUGAUGGCUAAGAAAUUUAUUAAAAAUAUGAAACUUAAGAAAGAUAAUGAAUCAUAAAGCAAAAUACCAUCUUAACCAGUAAUAAGGAAAAGUACAAGAGGUUCGUAAAUUAAAUAGAUCUCAUGA